AUGCAGGGAAAUAUCACAGAACAUUCCUAUAGUGUCUUAUCAGGUAGCACUUGUCCCAAUGGCAAGACAGCUAAAGGCUGGGAACAUUUUGACCAGAUAAUCAGUAGAUUUCUGGUAGAACAAAAGAUACCAGGAGCAGCUGUUGCUGUUUCGAAGAAAGGAGUUAUUUUAUAUCAGCAAGGUUAUGGAGCUGCUGGGGCAGGCUGUAGAGUCCACGAAGACUCCAUGUUCAGAAUUGCCAGCAUCAGCAAGCCUGUUACUGCAGCCAUUGUUGUACAGCUCUUUGACAAACUGAAGAUGCCACUGAACACAACAGUUUUUGGCAAGACUGGCAUACUGAAGUCCUACAGGACCAGAGACAAACGAAUGAAAAACAUCACUGUCCGACAUCUCCUUCAACAUUCAGCAGGCUGGGACAGAGACAAGGUUGGAGACGCUGUCUUUGUUCGGCCCCAAUGUGUUGUGAAAGAACACCCAGACUCUCAAACCUACAACUCUGCUCUGUUAGCUUAUGCUUUGAGAAGAAAACUGCAGUUCUCACCUGGUACCUGGCAUUCUUACUCCAACCUUGGCUACCUAGUUCUUGGAGAAAUCAUUGAAACAUUGAGUGGUCAGCCAUAUCACAGAGUCUUGCAGACUUUUCUCCAGGACCUGAGUAUCAGUGGCAUCAUUGUGGGCAAGAGAAGAAGGAGUCACUACAAAUGCAGGGAGGUGGAGUAUUUCAAUAACCGGGAGCCACCAGUGGUUAAUUCUAUCUACCCAGAAGAAGGCACGGUUUUGCCACAGUAUGGUGGCAUGGCCAUGGAGAGUUCAGCAUCUUAUGGAGGCCUUGUUGCUGAUACUGUUUCUUUACUCAGGUUUAUUGAUUGUAUGGAAGAAGCUGUCAACCAGUCUAACACAAAUGAUUAUAGAGGACAGCCUGACAACACGGCAGAGGCUGCCCUCAAUAUGAGGACUGAUGCUGAACAACUGGUACCAGAAGAUCAGCAUUGCCAGUCAGCAACGCAGCAGUUAGUAAUGGAAACAUGUGAUAGAAACAACUUUUAUGGAAGUGAAAGAGUUAACAAAGACAGCUGUUAUGAUCAUACCAGUAGAGCUGACAAAAGGGUUUCUUCCAGCAUAGUUCACAUAAUCUCAGGGGUAGGAGCCAAUGAAAGACAUUUAUACUAUGAAAAUGAGUCUAGUGUUGUAAGCUGUGAACCAGACCGAAAUCUGGAUUCAAGAAAUGUACGCUAUAAUUCUAGUGUUUUAGACUCUAAACAUGGCAAGAAUUUGGACCCAACUGGAAUACAGUGUAAUUUUAGUGUUGUAGGCUGUGAAUCUGGCCAGAAUCGUCACUCAGCUAAUUGGCAGUAUAAUUCUAAUCAUGUCUUUUGCCAGUCUAGCCAGACUUUCGAGACAUGUACUGAAAACAAGUGCAGUACUUGCAAUUUAACAGUAACUGCCAACGAAUAUUGGCUUUUACCUUUAAUGACAAGCAGUCAGGCAACUGACAGUUUGUCACGACCAGAGUUUGAGAACGGCCGAGACUGGUAUGGAUUAGGCUGGGAUGUUCAAGAUAACGGCAAGUCUUGGGGUCACACUGGAGGUAUGGAUGGUUCAUGUGGAACCCUCUUUCAUCAUCAGAGUGGUUUAAACUGGACUUUUCUGUUAAACUCCUGGGCCGCGGAUGCAGAUUUAAAUGGAGUAAUCAAAUGUGCUUUAUGUUCCUUACCUGAUGCAGGAAUGUAUGGCCAAGAUAUUCUGACUACUGACAGUGAUUUUGGACUGAAAAUUGUCACCAAGGAUAAAUCUCAGAUUAUUUGCUUAUGUGUGAGCGAAUCCACUCUUUCAAAGAUUAUUUCACACGUUAAAGCAGAUGGUUUUAUCAUUACUUGGAUUUCAACUGUAAGAAAGGAUUUUUCAUAUAUCGCCACCAAACUGUUGCAUGGCAAGAAAAUAAAUAAACUCCAGCAAUGGAAAUACCCCAAGUCUGGGAAAAAAGAUCCACAAAUCAAGUACAUUGCAAUAUUUAAAAAAUAUCACAUUAUGGAUUAUUUUGUCCUGUUUCGUAAAACAGGAGUAGAACUUCAGAGUCUUAUUAAUGAUUUAAAGAAAUACAACUUUGUAAUUAGUUUCUUAGAUACAUUUGUUGACUCUGAGGCUCAGUUGAAGUACACAGCAGUAUUUAAAUAUGACAGAUGCGUCCGCCAGGAGGAUGACAUUGUUGUACUUUUAGCAAUGGCAGCCAGUGACUACGUGAAACAGGUGAAGAGUUAUCUCUGCUCACAUUACGUGGUUGUUCAGUCUGUAACAGAAAUAAGUUCACAGCUGUAUGUGAGCGCUAUUCUGUUUGCUAGAAACAGUCAUGACACAACGACAUUGCUGCCACAUAUUGAACGUAGCACUGAAAGUUGUACAGACCACCCAGAUAAAAAUAGUGAUAGUUAUGUAAAUGUGCCAGGUAAAGUUACUAAUGUACUUGAUACCAGAAAUGCUGAAUCACCUAAAGCAUACUCAAAUACAAUUGUUCAUGACAGCACAGAGUCAAAAACACUAGACCACAAUAUAAAUAAUGAUUACAGCUCUACUCUGCCAGUCUUACAGACUUCAGAAGACAUAGUAUUCCUGCAAUCUAAGGGGCAGACAGAAUUCCAGGAAUUAAGAGAAGACAGUGUAUUUCAAGGAAAAAUAUUUGAUGUAUCAGAUAGAGAAAAACUGUUUCAGGAAUCAGUAAAAGAAAGCGUAUUUCAUAAAUUACCAGGAAAAACAAAAGUUCGGGAAUCAACAGAAGAAACAGCAAAUAUGGAAUUAGCUACAAACAGCAGUAAUAAAAAAGUUCUGAAAAUUACUUCUAAUUUACAUUCUACAAGAUCAAAGACAAACAGAAAACACAAGUGCUACUCAGUAACAAACACACAAACUAAGUUCCAAGCAAAGAAAAGCAAAAAAUCAAAGAACCAAACCGCAUCAUCACUAAACUCAACCUACUGGGUCCAGAUAACCCCAGAGAGCUUCCUCACAGAGCUUAACAGGCAGACCAGACAAAACAGUAGUCUCGUAUAUGCACAUUUCUAUAAUUCGGACAGAAAGCCCUACGUCAGUGGUUGUUGGUGUCCCACACCUGGGGGCAAGUGUUACCAGAGAAUCUCCAUGUCCAAAUAUGGGCUGGUCCCUGAGCUUGUUGAGGCUGCUUCAGAAAAUGUGUAUCUCCAGUGUUUGUCUGAAUAUUUGGAAGAUGGGGUUGUGUAUUAUGCUGCAAUAUGGCAAGCUGGCUAG